AUGGCAUCCAGUAUUCUCCCAGAAACGACGUUGCCAUCAUUAAAAGUGAAAAUAAAUGGAAUGCUCCGAACAGCAUUAAUUGAUUCUGGAUGCUCCAUCACUGUGAUUCAUGCUAAAUCCACGCAUGGUCUUGUUUUAAAAAGUCAAAAACUUAUCACAACUUUGGGAGGAGCUGUGCAUGUGCUGGGUGAAACGGUAAUCAAAUUGGAAAUUGAUGGAAUACACCGGGUUGUUAAUUCUCUGGUUGUAAAAGAAAAACCAUUCGGGUUUGAUUUGAUUUUAGGAAUGAAUGCGAUUGAAAAAUUCGGAGGAGUCAUCAUUUAUGGUAAUAAAAACCGUACUGUCCAAAUGUUAGCAUAUGACACAGCGAAAUGUGGUGUCGUUACUACAACAAUAAAAAACAAAAACGAUAUAAACGAUAUAAAAUGUGACGUCAAAAAUACAAAUAAAGAAAACAAAAGAAACGAAAUAAAAUGUGCUAACUUCGCAGCAAAUUUUGAUGGGAAAAAGUGGACGGCAUCAUGGAACUGGAAUAAAGAGCCUGUAAUUGAUAAUACCAUUUGUGAAUACAAGAUGAGCCACGAGUACGAACGUAGUUACCGCAAAGAAAUAAAUGAAUGGAAUAAUUCUGGCAUUCUUGUACCAUAUAACGAACUAACGUUGGGACCACCUAAAGUAUUGAUACCGCUAACGUGCGUAGUGCAAGAAAAUAAGGACAAAAAGGUACGUCCAGUGGGAGAUUUUCAAGCUCUCAACGAACUUGUAAAUUGUGAUGCAGCAAAUGCGGACGUUUGUCAAGAAAACUGCUUUGUUGGAGAAAAAUUGAAAAUGCAAAAAUUCUUGAUCUUAAAAAAGCCCACCUCCAAAUUCAUAUUGAUAAAAGACUCUGGCUAUAUCAAACGUGCGGAAACUGCGGAAAAUGUAGCGAAGCACUUGCAUAAAUUCGGGUUACAAUAUAAACCUCCACAAAAUCUUGAACAAGGACGUGUCUUAGGAUUGAGAGUCAAAAGAAAUAAAAAUAGGGAACUGAUAUGGAAACGAGACGAUGUGGUACAAUUUGAACCUUUAAAUGCAGUCACACGAUCGCAGCUUUUUAGCAAGUUAGAAGAUUGUAAAGAAAAACUGAAAGAUUUGUUUCACCGUGUGGAAAAGGAGGAUCUGGUUGGUGGAAAAUGGUUGGUACCAGUGAAUGCAAAAGCUGAGCUUUAUUGUGAUGCAUCAUCCAUAGGACUUGGUGUAGUUCUGCUCAUUGGUGGAGUAGUUGUUGAAGAUGCAACAUGGCUACGGCCAGCAAGUGACACAUACCAUAUCAAUAUAAGUGAACUGGAUUCGAUACUUCGAGGACUAAACUUAGCUAGAUGGUUAAACGCAGUUUUGAAGGAAGAAUAUUGCGUAAAAACUCGUGGAAUUUCUCAGUUGUUAGUACAAAGACAGUUAAAUACUAUUAAGGAAGUGGCAAAAGGUAUUCAGAUUGUAGUACAAUGGAUUCCAUCCGAAAUAAAUUUGGCUGAUCGACUCUCACGAUUCCCUCAAAAAUGGUGCAGAACAGUGUGUGCAGUUGGAUUACCUGAACAAAAAGACAUAUAG